UUCAGCGGUGGUAUUGGGAUUACAGAAGAAGGCACCGCCAACAUUUGCAAGCUAGCAAACAUUACCUUAUCCGGCGGCUCAUAACCUGCUCAAUGCGGGGUUAUUUGGAGAUGGAUGACGAGCUGGAUAACUUCAUCAGAGAACGGAAGGCAAGAGUGGCAGAAGACAAAGCCAACUUAGAGCAAGACCCUCCAUACAUGGAAAUACAGAGAAAGCCCUACAGAACCUAUGUGUCCACAGUCAAAGAGAACAUCCCUCCUAACAAGUCACAAGGAAAAGAGGACAGCUGCAGUGUGGGUUUACCCCUCGGUGUGGAGUAUGAGAAGAAGAAGCAGAGGCUGCAGCAUGAGCUCCGAAUGGAUUAUAGACGAUACAUGGCUCAGAAAACUGGCUUUGACCCUGUAGAGCUUGGACCAUUAAUUCACCUUAAUAACAGGAGAUCUGUCAAGCAGCACCCUUCUGAAAGCCAGGCAACAUUUAUUCCCAAGCAGCGGCCACCCUCCCGGCGGGAUGCAGCCACUUUGACAGAGGACAGCAGGGGCUUGUACAGGACUCUGAGAGAGGCCAAGACAUGUUCACCUGAGGACGAAGAGGACCGGCUGUCGCUGUCUUCCAGGCACCACGACAGGCUGGGGAGGCCAGUGGACCAGGAGUCAGAGGAGGAUGAGGAGCUUGAGCUUAUGGACAGAAGGACACACAGGCACAUAGGGGCUGAGAGACGAACCUAUAAGACUGAUGGCAGGGGGAAGAGGGACAACACUCGAGGCGCAGCCAGAGAGGGCAGGAGAAACAGAGCACUGACCAAAAAUGAGGAUGUCGAGUUUGCCACCGGCCUUAUAAUUGGAACAGCCAACACAGAAGAGGCCUUAAAGAAGAGGAAGGAGCGGUACAGACAGGAGCUGCAGGAGCAAAUAGCUGAACAGCACAGAAAUAAGAAAAGGGAGAGAGAUUUGGAACUGAAGGUUGCUGCUACUGGAGCAAAUGAUCCUGAGAAACCGCCAGACCGAAUCCGGCAGUUUGGACUGAGCAGGAGAAAAGACCCUCAGGUUUUGGAACCCACAGCUACUGCAGAGAGUGACUCACCACCUAGAGCUGUUCCAAUUAUUGAGAAGAAUGGCAUCAGAGAAAAAGUGACACCUCCCCCUCCUCCUGAGCAUCCCCGUGUGGCCUUCCAGUCCCCUCUGCUGGACUACAGUGCUGCUCUGGGUUUAGGUGGAGGCGGUGUGUUUCCCACCCACCAGCCCAUUGCCGCAUCAUUCCCUAGAGCCAUGGACACUCCAAGACUCCCUCUGUUUCAUCCCCAUCCACCUUCCACACUCAGUGAAGCCUACAGGAGCCCAUAUGGAGAGCCUCCUCAUCACUACUACAGCAGAAACCACCUUGACCCACACACGUCCUAUUAUGGCCAUCUGGCUGUUCCUGGUGUUGGCCUUCCAAUGUCCUACUGGAACUCACCACCAGGGGGCGGUCUUUCCAGCCAGUUUGGUCAUCACAGCCCUCACAGCCAGCACAGUGGAAGCAGCUAUCCUGAGCCUCCAAUACAGUCCAGCAAUGAGACUGCUACUGCAGACCCAGGACCUGGACUCUUCCCUCCAGAGAGAUCCAGGUCAGCCAGGGAGAGGAUCCUGAGUUACAGAGAAGCUCUUAAACAACAGGAAGCUUCCAGGAGAGAGAGCAGCGAACUUUACAACAAGAUUCAGGAGCAACAGGAGCGGAGGCGUCUGGAGAGGGAAGAGAAGGAGCGGUACGAGGCCCAGCUGGAAGCUGACAUGAAGAACCACCAGCCCUGGGGUCGAGGCGGAGGAGGAGCCCCCCUCAGAGACAGCACUGGAAAACUCAUUGCUGACCUCAACCAGAUGCACAAACAGAAUGAGGAGGCCUACAGUAACCCAGAGCAGUGGCAGAGGAGGGCAACAGCCGCCAUGACAGCACAGCGCCCCGAGCAGCCCGAUCCCAACGAAAGGGUCUCUGGUACUGUUGCAGAGUGCAGUGUCCAUGACUCUAUUGACAGGCUUGCUGGUUUCACCCACGUUCAAACUCCUCAGUUUGCCAGAGGCAACGUGUUUGCCAGCCAGCCCACCCAGCAGCAGCUGCAGGAGCAGGACAAGUACAAAGCCUACCUCAAACAGCAGAUUGAAGAGAAGCUUUGUAAAAAGGCAGAGGAGAGGGAACGGACUAGACUGGAGGAAGAGAAAGAGGAGAAGCGACUCGCAGAGCAGAGGGCUCGUAUACAGAAAGAGUACGAAGAAGAACAAGAGAAGAAGAAACGGAAAGAACUGGAGCAAAAAGCAAAGAAUGAGGAGCUUAUUCAGCUGGCUGAACAGAGGAAGAUAGAAGCGGAGAGGAAGAAGAGGGAGGCUGAUGAGAGGGAGAAUGCAGCACUUAGGAAACAGUACGAGAAAGAGAGGCAGGCUCGGCUGGAAGAGGCCCACAGGGAGCCCUCCCCACCCAUCCCCACCCUGCAAAAGAAACAGGGAAUACCCCGCUACACUCCAAGACCCCCCACUGUGGAAAGCCAGCACUCUACUGCUCCUCUGUCUGAGCGUUCUUUGUCAGGCCUUCAGUCCCCUCCUGUCCCUGCUUGUAGGAACCAGCUUCGAGCUUCAGGAGACCACCGAGAUGUUUUCAGUGAACUGUCAGCGUUGCGUCGGCAGCUCCGCAGUGAACAAAAGCGUCUGGAGGGCCGACUACAGCAGGGAGACUGGGAGGAUCUAGAGUCUCCUCUGAGUGACAGGCACCGGGAGCGCCCCCAGGUGGAUGUAUUUGACAUGGCCAGGCUGCGGCUCCAGGCUCCGGUCCGAAGGCCAAACUCCAGAACCACAGAGCCCAGAAACCUGCUGCAGAUCCACGACUCCCUUCAGCUCAAAUAUAGCGAUCUGGAUUACAGGGUAGGCUCCAGUGAGGUUCCCAAACUAGAUGAUGUGGGUGUGUCCACCUGGAGGAGGCGGGACUACAGGGAUCCAUAUCAGCCGAUGAACAGUCAGAGGUCUACGGUCCAGGAUGACUACUUCGACUUAUCUCCGCCACAGCAGAGUGAUUACCUGAGGAGUUUGAUGAGGGGAUCUGCACGAGGUUCUCUGCUGGAGUCAGAAAGUGCUUUUAUUGACCCCCUUGCUGAUGCCUUACCAAUACCUCACACCCCAGAGUUGGAGAAGAAGCCCCAACUGUCGGCCAGGGAAAGGAGAAGACUGGCCAAACAACGACCACAGCAUCAGCCCACCGGGCAACCAGACGACGGCCUGCCACAAGCAGGAAGCAGUCGGCAGGAAGACGAGGACCACAAUGAGGAGAGGUCGACCCGAGACAGGACAGGUCGUCUGCUGGCUGUCAAUCGAGGUGGCAACACAGGUCCAGUGGAUGUGUCUGAUGAUGACUCCUCCCCUCCUCAGUUUUCUCUGAACAGUCCUAACCAACAGAGCUCCGUGGAAACGGUUACUACAGAUCAAUGGAUGCGACCAGGAACAUCGGACACUCUAAAAUGUUUAGAUCGCCCAACAAGGAGGGGGAGGCUCAUGACGUAGGACCUUGUAACUUUAGACAAGGAGGUGCCUUCAGCGUAACACACCCAAUCAUCUUCCAGAAUCCCCCACUCUGACUCAUGUGCGUUUUACCUCUGGUUUCGCUGCAGAUGGACAGCAGGUACCCUGUGGAGGUCAUUUACAUCUGUGUCUGUGGAGUGUGGAAAAACUGCACCAGCUUUUACGCCAAACUAAAUGGAACGAGCAAAGACGAACCCCUCACAGUUUUGAGCAGAUUAUGGAUUUUUUUUUUCUUUGUUCCUUACUACUGCAAGACAAAGUAUCUUCAGACAUACAGGUUUCACUUUUGUUGUAUUUACAACCAAAUCAUAUUCUCUGUAUCUUUUAACACCUAGUCAUGUAGCUACAUUGUCAUAAUGCUUUUAGAGCCAAAUUCUGCUAUAAUUUGAGCCCAUCAUUGUUCAGCUCCAUGUUUGGUGCUAGUUUGGUCCUUCCUGCCUUUGUUGAUGCGUUCCUGUUAGGAGCUGUGAAACAGUCUGCAGACUUACAGUACACUGAUGAAGUCAGAACUCAGUGGGAAGUCCAUUGUUCUGUAGACAUUCAAGUUACAUACUUUCACAGGGUACCUGUACAAUAGGCUCAAUGUUUACUUCACUGGACGCUGAAAAUGUUUUCAAAGUAAUUGUUUACAUCAUCACAGAACCUCAGUGUCCUGUCAAUUUUAAAGAAUUGGUGUUGUUUAUGAGUGUUUUAUUAAUGCUUAAAUUAUGUUUUAAAUAAAAUAUAUUUUAUUUUAUAAGA